UUAUUCUGUUAUUGAUAAACGGGCACAUGCGCGUUUCACAGCUAUAAACAAAUUCUGAAAAUUCGACAUUUCUGCAAAAAUGAAGUAAAUAUUACUCGAAUUGCAUGUAAUAUAUAUUCACUUUGUCGACAAGUGAAUUCUGAUUGAAAGCAGACUAUAACAAAUGGAUAAAUCAACAGGAGACGAAAUUACUAAGCCGCCGGCUCCACGCAAACGUCUCGGCCGUCCGCCCAAGGCCAACGCACAAGAGUCUGAAUUGACUGAAGAGAUGGAACCGCCAGCCGAGGAGCGCACUUCGUCGUCAUCGCCAACAAAUUGUCGGCGAAGCACGCGCAAGAAAAUCGUAAAGUUCGAUGUGCUGGAUGUACUCAACAAGAGUCGCAAAACUCACAAAAUACAAAUCGAGGCACGAAUUGAUUCCAAUGCRCCAACAACAACAACAGCAUCCACAACACAAUUAGCAACGAGCUCGGCUACUGUGGCAAAACCUGCAAUCGAGGUCAAUCGCUUAUUUACACCACGACCGCCUCUGCCUGUGAUUUCGCCUUUGCUUCCGCUGGACAUGUUUACCAAGCCAAAGCCAACGCCCAGCUUGAUUGUUGCCCAGGUGAGCAGUGAUAAGACGCCCACUGCCAAUCAGCAACAGCAGCCGCAGCAAUCACAGCAGCAACAGCAACAGCAGGUGAUACGUAAACGUGGACGUCCGCGCAAAUCACAGAUCACAGAUAAUGCAACUGCAGUUGAUUGCCCCAAAGUGAGCAUAGAUUCUACCAAACUCUUGCCGAGCGCCAAGGAACAAGCUCUUACUUUAAAACGCGAAUCGCCUGACUCGGAUGAGUCUCUGAAGAGUUUCUCAAUCAUUGUUGAUGAUGAAACGAAUGUUGAAGCAGUGCCUGAGGAAAACGAUGCUUUGGAUGACACAAUUGAAGUGAUAGAGACUGAUAUUAUAUCCGUGGCAUCCGAUGAAGAUUCAGAUUCGCAAAUUAUAUUUGUGGACAUAGAAACGGCGAAGAUGGAAGCUGAAGAAGACGCAGAAAAUGACGAAGUCCAUAUUACAGCUGAAGAGACUCGCAACUUUAAGUUAAUUUUUCCUAAGGAAAAUGAAAACAUGGAAUCCGAAACGCCACAGCAGAUUAGUAUUGUGGAGGAAAUACCAGGUGAAGAUAAUAUUGAUGACAAAGAAUCAGAACUCUUGGCUGAAGUGUUAAGUGAGCCGGCAGAGCUUUGGUUUACUGAGGAUGAAAGGGAUGAAGGAGACCAAGAAUCUCAAGACGAAAAGCCAGAAAAGAAAUCAAAUAUUGAAGUAGCAAAAGAACUGCCAAAUGAAGGUUUAAUUAAAAGUAAGACUCCGGUACAAAGCAUUGAAAAGGAGACUAAGCCAACCUCUGAAGUAGCUGUAAAAUCCUCUAAUUUAGAAAGUAAAGUUAAAAUUGAAGUACAACCGGUAAAGAAGGAGCUGGAAUUGUCAGCAGCUAUGGAAGACCUGCAAAAGAAGGUCAUCAUGAAGAAUGAGGCUUCAUCCAUGAUAAACAACGAAGAUAAGGCUAAGGUGAAGAAAGAGCUGUCAAAGGAAGUCAACAUGAAGAAGGAGCUCUACUUGCCGAGCUCAUCAGCCACAAUAGAUAACGAAGAUAAGAUUACUAUUAAAAAAGAGUUGCAAAAGGAAACCAAAAUGACCAAGGAGGUCUCUUCAGUCAUACAAGAGAACAACGAUGAACCACAUGAAGCUGUAAAACAAUCGGAACAGUUAAAGCAGAGUGCAACUCCGACUUCUGCAAAAGAACCUGUCGAGAAGAUGAAAGAUGCCCACUUCGAAUUGGAAUCUCUGAGGCGAGCUGCAAAAGCGACAGGCAUUGAGUUAAAGCUUCCCAUGACAAUGGAAAAACUUUUAAAUGCCAACUCUGUAACAGAGCCAGUAAAGGAGGUCGAAGCGAAGAAGGAAGCUAUUAAGAAGCAACCAAGCUUGGACACGAAUGAAACAUCAGCAGCGACGCUUGAAAAGACUGAUUUGGCUGCAAAGCAACUGCAGCAGCACUCAGAUGCAGUUAAAUGCGAAGAAACAGAUCCAAAGCUUAAAUCAACAAAAUCCGCUCCAGAAGAGCACAACUCUGAAUCGGUGGACACAAAACCAAUAGCUAGUGAGAAAGGGAAAGCAAAUGAAGGUGCCAAGUUAGAGAAGUCGUCAGCCUCCUACGCUGCGUUCGUAGAGUGUGAUGCACUCUUUAAGGUGUUGGAUAAAGCAAACGAACAGAUGCGUCACGAAGAGAAGGCCAAAAAGAAGUCAAAGCUGGCCACCAAAAAGCAGUCAACCGAACAGCUGCAGGAACGGGCCACGCCUCAGUCUCGUGGGAAAAAGCUAACAUCACAGGAAAACAGCCGCCGUAAUACCAUUUCCGAGGAGCGUCACGAAGACGUGAAAUUGCCGUUGAGCAAUAAACGCCGUAACUCCGUGCACCCUUUCAAGCCUACGUUGAGUCCAGAGCGAGCGACGGAGUCGGAACCCAAGCAAAGCUCCAGCAGCAGCAACAAAAAGAAAUCAGCUCAGAAAAAGCCAACGCGCAAGGCAACAAAACCAAAGCAGCUGCCAAGCAGCCAGGAUUCGCUGGAUUCUAGUUCGAGCUCAUCGACAAGAGCUGGCGAUUUGCCGAGUCGCAGCUUGCCGACGCCCACUUCUGAGCUAGAAGCAUCCAAUCCGCUACACGACAUAGCCAAAUUCAUAGAGGAUGGCGUCAAGUUGCUCGAGCGCGACUACAAAGUGGAGGAUGAACAGCAGCAACAGCCAGACCAGCAGCCACAAGAGGAGGCCACUGAAGAUGAGUUAGCGCAGCGUGUGGCUAAUUUGGAAACGCCUGUUAACACGCCAGCUCCUUCGCCGGUUGGCAGCACAGAUGAUCUGUCAGCGGGUGUGCGCCGCUCGCAUCGCAUCAAGCAGAAGCCGCAAGGUGCCAAAUCGAGUUUAGGUCGUGGUAGCAGCAGCCAAACGCCCACGAUUAGCAUGGAGCAGCAGCUAAGUGAGCUUGCCCACAUAGAAGCCAUCAAUGAACAGUUCUUGCGCCAGGAGGGCCUAAACACGUUCCAAAUCCUGCGCGACAAUUACUAUCGCUGUGCACGCCAGGUGAGCAAGGAGAACGCGGAAAUGCAAUGCGAUUGCUUUGUCACCGGCGACGAGGAGGGACAAGGGAUGCGCUGCGGCGAUGGCUGCAUCAAUCGCAUGCUCAUGAUCGAGUGUGGUCCACUGUGCAGUUACGGUGACCGCUGCACCAAUAAGCGAUUCCAGCAGCAUCAGGGCUGGCCCUGUCGUGUCUUUCGUACGGAGAAGAAGGGCUGCGGUAUCACAGCCGAGCUGCAAAUACAGCCUGGGGAGUUCAUCAUGGAGUAUGUGGGCGAGGUGAUCGACAGCGAGGAGUUCGAGCGUCGCCAGCAUCUCUACUCGGAGGAUCGCAACCGCCACUACUACUUCAUGGCGCUGCGUGGCGAGGCGAUCAUCGAUGCGACCACGAAGGGCAACAUCUCGCGCUACAUCAAUCACAGCUGCGACCCGAAUGCGGAGACACAAAAGUGGACAGUGAAUGGAGAGCUGCGCAUUGGCUUCUUUAGUGUGAAGACCAUCAUGCCUGGCGAGGAAAUCACAUUCGAUUAUCAGUAUCAGCGCUAUGGGCGCGAUGCGCAGCGCUGCUAUUGUGAGUCGGCCAACUGUCGUGGCUGGAUUGGGAACGAGCCGGAGUCUGAUGAGGGCGAGCAGCUCGAUUCGGAGACCGAAAGUGAGCCCGAGUCACUGGUUGAGGAGCUACGCCCAGAGCAGGAGGCGAAGACCAAAACACCCAAAAGUAAAUCUAAAAAACAACUUAAGCUGCCAACGGCACGUAAGCAGCGCAAAGAGCAGCCCAAGGCCAAGGAUCGUGAAUACAAAGCGGGCCGCUGGUUGCGCCCUUCCGGCGGCAUUGGGGGCGAGAAGUCGGCAGCCCGUAAGCUCGAUCAGCUCGAGGACACAGACGUACUCGAACAAUUGACGCUGCUAGGUCGCAGCGGACUCAAGAAUCAGCUGGACACAUUGCGCCUAUCGCGUUGCAUGGUGCGUGCCAAGCUACUGCAGAGUCGCCUUCAGCUGCUGGGCGUGCUAACGCGUGGCGAGCUGCCAUGCCGUCGUCUCUUCCUUGACUAUCACGGGCUGCGCCUGCUGCACGCAUGGAUCAGCGAGAGCGGCAGCGAUAAGCAGCUGCGUCUGGCGUUGCUCGAGUCACUUGAAUCUCUGCCCAUACCCAACAGGACGAUGCUGAAUGAUAGUCGCAUCUACCAGAGCGUAGAGCUUUGGGGCAGUCAGUUGGCGCAGCCAGCGGAGGCAGCAGCAGAAUCCCAAUCUGAUGACGAGGAAUCGAUGCGUCAACGCAUUGCAGCGCUGCUACAGAAAUGGAAUGGACUGCCCGAAAUCUUCCGUAUACCCAAACGUGAACGCAUCGAGCAGAUGAAGGAGCACGAGCGCGAGGCAGAUCGCCAGCAACACGUGGCCACUGCUCUAGGAGACAGUAAUAACGCCUCUUCCGUGCUCAGCACCGAUCGCUAUAGACAAGAUCGAUUUAGGCGCGACACUAGCAGCCGCUAUGAGAAAUCAAAGCCGCCCACGAGAAUGAGCGGCAACAAUACCAUCUGCACGAUCACCACGCAACCCAAGGAAUGGCAAGGCUCCGCGGAGGGCAGCAGUGGCAGCAAGUCUGAGAGUCGCAGACGUUCAGAGUUUGAUCCGCGUCGAACUAUAUCCAAAGAGUUGCGGCGAUCGCUCUUCGAGAGAAAGGUGGCUCAAGAUGAGGCAGAGAAGCGUGUGGGCAGCGAGGAUUGGCGUGAGCAUGAGCUGCGCUGCGAAUACUUCGGCGCAGAUUUGAACACAGAUCCAAAGCUGCUGCCAUUUUACCAGAACACGGAGACCAAUGAGUGGUUCAACAGCGAGGAUGCUCCUGUGCCUGCGCCAUUGCGUUGCGGCGACAUUGCGGCGCCACCAUCACCGGAACAGGAGGAGGAUGUGGAGUAUAAGCUGCCCGCUGGUGUAGAGCCAUUGCCGCCCUCAUGGCACUGGAGCAUGACACCCGAAGGAGAUAUCUACUAUUAUAAUCUGCGUGAUCGUAUUCCGCAGUGGGAGCCACCGAACGCUGAACAGCGUUUGCAACAGCUGGUGGAGGAUUCUCCAGAAAAAGAAUUGGUACCGGAUGAGGCAGCCAGCUCAUCGGAUUUGGUUAACAUUGACAUCGACUACGUGGGGAGCCUGAGCGCCAAGUCUCUGGCCCAGUACAUUGAGGUAAAGAUACGGGAACGACGCGAGAUGCGGCGCAAUCGCUUGGUCUCUGUGCGCGUGAUAAGUCCACGUCGCGAGGAGGAUCGUCUCUACAACCAGCAGGAGUCACGCAAAUACAAGGAGAAUAAAGAAAAGAUACGCCGACGCAAGGAAAUUUAUCGACGCACACGCAACGAGACAAAUACUGUUCAACCAGCACCUGGAGAGCCCAGUGAUUCGUUACCCAUUCAUGGGUAUUUGUACUCCUCCGAUGAGGAUGGUGCCACUGAGGGCGCCUGCAGCCUGCCGCUGCUAGACGCGGCAGUUGAUGGCGAUAAGGAGUUGCCGGAGUCACUUAGUCGUCGUCGCUCACUGCGUGCAUCGUCGCCAUCGUCCACCAGUUCCACUGACGCUGCAGAGUCGUUGCCAAGCGCUAAGCGCAAGCUACUUAUGACAGAGAGCCAAAAGAAGCAUCGGGACAGUAAGCGCAAGAGUUUGACAACCGGACGCGAAGCCAGCGAUAAGUUUCACUUUGAGAUUAGCGGCCAUGUGGCCGAGUUUUUGCGUCCCUAUCGCCAGGAGAAUUGCCAGCUGGGCCGCAUUACAAGCGACGAAGACUACAAGUUCCUAAUUAAGCGACUGAGCCACCACAUCACCACCAAGGAGAUGCGCUACUGUGACAUGACCGGCAACCCGUUGGCCUGCACAGAAUCGGUUAAGCACAAGUCCUACGACUUUAUCAAACAAUAUAUGCGCAAAAAAGGGCCCGUCUACAAGAAGCCGGUUGAUAAGCCCGACUAAUUCAUUGACUUUUUCAUACAACAAUAUUUUCCUUAAAGCUUUUGGCUUAUAAUAUUAGCAUAAGCAAUAUACAAUGUAUAUCAAAUGGAUAUUUGUUUUUUAUUUUUAUAAUUUUACCUCAUGUCGGGUAAAGAAACUUUAAAGUUAACUUUAAGUACUUAUGCAUAAAAUGUAACUGAAUACAUACAUUUUUUUUUUUUAAUUUUGAUAUGUGCCAAAACUAAUAAAUUUAUUAUUGGUGUCAAUGAAAGGGCACUCAGGUAUACUACGAUGAAUUCA